CAGGCUCUGCAGCGCUGGCAGCUGAAUGCUCAUGUUUUUAUUAGGAGUGCUCUACUUCUGGUUGUGUAAUGUUGUAUACUGAUACUGUAAACUACGCAGCUGAGCAGACCUAUAGAUAGGAAUUCCGGGUUCGGAACCUUCCUCUCAGGCGGACCGUUGUAUCAGGGGCUGGUUUCCGGGGGACUGGAUAUGACGGGACACAGCAGAGGCUCGCAGCAUGGAAGUGAAGGAUGCAAAUGCGGCUCUGCUGAGCAAUUUUGAGGUAUUUCAGUUACUUACUGACCUAAAAGCUCAGCAAAGAGAUGGAAGAAAGAACAAGAACAGUGUGGGCCAGCAGAAUCUCAAUACCAUCAUGUAUGAGACCCUAAAAUGCCUGUCUAACAGUCCCUGUCAAAAGCAAAGUCCUGAAAUAGUGCAAAAAUUCCUAACUGCCGUGAAAGAGCAUAAGCUAACCAAAGCGGAAAAACUGCAGCUUCUUAACCACCGACCUAUGACAGCAGUAGAAAUUCAACUGAUGGUGGAGGAAAGUGAAGAAAGGCUGACAGAGGAACAGAUUGAGCAGCUCAUUCAGACGAUCACUAGUAUUCUUCCUGGUGACCCAGAAGCUGAGACACAAGAGCAAACUGAAAUGGAAGAAGAUGACAUUCCACAAGAAUAAGAUUUAGGCUACAUGCACACGACUGUAUGUGUUUUGCGGUCCG